AUGAAGUUCGCUCUUGCUGUCACCCUCGUUGUGCUGGUUAUUUCUCAGGGCACUGAGUCUGCAUCUCUGGGGAAGCAUGAUAUCCCUGCAGAGAUUGAGAAGAUCACCAAGUACUUCCAGGAUCUGAGCAGAAUGCUGACCACCACCACCACUGAACUGAUGGAGACGCUUAAGGCCCAUGACCUGACCGGCAAGGCUGAGGCCUAUCUUCAGGAUAGCAAAGCCCAGGUGCAGCCACUGCUGGAGAAGGUCCAGGAACAGCUGAAACCCCUGACUACCAACUUUGAGGAGCAGUUCAAAUCCUUGUCUGAGUCUAUCCUGGCCCAGCUGAAACCACUGGUUGAAUCUGUCAAAGCCCAGAUGGAGGAUCUCGUUGAGACGGUGAUGGCCAAGACCAAAGCCCUGCUUCCCCAGUAA